CGAUAUUCCAACACCACCUCAGCUUGAGGUGGUGUUUAGAAGCAGAUUUGCUACACACACCAUGUGUUCUUCUAGCCCAGCCUCUGAACCCAAGUUAACUUUUGACAGUCCCACAACCAGCCAAGAACCUGCCAACCGCUGCUGAAGGGGAAACACAAGGUCCCACACAAAAGCUCAGGCUGCACACUGCUGCCCUCAAGGAGCACAGCAAAAAAAUCACACAUCAGUCCUUCCUGGCACCUUUCACAGCACCUCAGCCUUUUGGGAAACGCUGCCUCAGCACUGACAGCAACUUCAGUCACAGUUUUGCCUCACGAAUGGAGUGGCUGCAGGACACUCAGCCUCCUCCAGAACCAACCCCUCGUGGAAGAGGGCAUCGCUUCGAUAGCGCGCUGGGGACCCCACUAACAGAGGACAAGCCAAGCUGGGCUGUAAGACAGCAUCAGCCACAGCAGCACCGGCCACAGCGCCGCCCACUGCGGGCAGCACCAUAAAAUGGCGGGCGGGGCACAGCUUCAACCACGUGACGAGCGCCCGCCUCGCUCCGCUCCGUUCCCCUGGGCCUCCCGGGCUCCCGUAGGAACCCGCCUCUCCCCGGCAGCAACGAGCGAACACAGCACGCAUGCAAGCCCCGGCCCGCCCCGCGGAAGCUGCGCAGAAUGGCACAGAAGAAGUAUUUAGUAGCAAAACUGACAAGUUGCCUGAGAGAGGACAAAAUUCAGCUAUGGAAACCACCAUAUACAAGUGAAAACAAAGAAGCUGGUAGAGAGAUGAAGGAACUUGUACAAAAAUAUUCAUCCAAGCUGAGUAUCAGUGAGAACGAUACAGAGAAUAUGCUUGAAGAAAUACGAUGUAAAGCAAUUGAGCGUGGAACUGGAAAUGAACAUUUUAGGGUGACUGGAAUUGCAAGACUUGAUAUCUAUCUGCCUCGUAGAAAAAGCAGAAAAGUCCCACUGGAAACUAACCUGUUCAUCACAGGCAAGGAGCUCAGAUCACAGAUAGCACAGGAACAUGCGUUAAAAGAAAAUGCUAUCAAAAUAAUCAUAAAUAAGAAGCAGCUUGACCUGGGCAGAACCCUCGAAGACCAGGGCAUAACACACAAUGCAAAAGUGAUGGUACUUCAGCUGGAACAGAGUGACGAGGAAACUAAAAGAAAAGUUCAGGAAGAAGAACUUCAACACAAGAAAGAAAAAGAAAUAAAUGAAAAGAUGCAAAGAACUAAGAAGGGUUUGGAAAUUCUAGCAGAGAGAGAGGAAUACUUAGAUCCAGAUUCUGUUCCAUACCUAGAUAUAGCUAAUCAAACUGGAAGGUCAAUCGAGAUUCCUCCUCAAGCUAAAAAAGCGCUUGUACUGGCAAUGGGUUAUCAUGAGAAGGGCAGGGCAUUAAUGAAGAAGAAGGAAUAUGAAAUAGCACUGCCGUAUUUGUUGGAUGCUGAUAAACACUUCUGUGAGUGUAGCACAGAACUGCUGAAUACCGUUGAUAACUAUGCAGUACUGCAGCUGGAUAUAGUGUGGUGCUACUUCCGCCUGGAGCAGCUGGACUGCCUGGAUGAUGCAGAGAAAAAGCUGUCCACAGCACAUAGAUGCUUCCAGCGGUGCUACGGGGAGAACCAUGAAAGACUUAUUGAUAUCAAAGGAAGCUAUGGUCGUGAGAAGGUUUUAUUUCUACGGCUUUACCUCCUUCAAGGGAUAGGACACUAUCACAGUGGCAGAGAAAAAGAGGCUGCCGAGUAUAUUCAGAAGGCAUCUUGUUUAUAUGAAGAGCUAUCUGUAGAUCCUGAUAAAGUUGAUUGCCUGUCACUCCUGGGAUUCUCCGAACAGGAAGCUCGCCUUGCCCUGCGAGCAUGCCAUGGGAAUGUGGAGCAUGCUGCCAAUCUUAUCACCAACAGGAGAGAGGAAAAGGCACAGAUAAGGAGGGAGGAGAGAGCCAAAAGAAGGAAGCGACUGGAAGACAUCAAUACUUUGAAAAGUAUGGGCUAUUCAGAGAGAGCUGCUCAAAUAGCUCUUCAUAAUACACAAGGAAACCUGGACCAAGCCUUUAAGUUUAUUCUUGACAAUCCCGAGUUAUUGUUGGAAGAUGAUGAUGAUGAUCCUGUGGCCAUGGACCAGUUUCAGGUUUCCCAGGAAAGUAUUGAUCAACUGAUGUACAUGGGUUUCAGCCGUGAGUCGGCAGAGCAAGCUUUAAAGGUCUUCAAAGGCAAUGUCCACUUAGCUUCCCAAACCCUUGCUCAUUAUGGGGGAGUUCUUCCUGCUUCACUGCAGCUUUCUCCAGAAGGGUCCAGUCCAUCGGAAGAAUCAACUUCUUCAAAAGACUCGUCUACAGAGUCUGCAGGUUCUUCUGGUUCGCCAACAGAUGAAGAUAUGGAGAAUGAUGCAGUCAAUGAAAUCCUAGAGGAUAUUCCUGAACAUGAAGAGGAUUAUCUGGAUUUAACACUGGAGGAAGAGAAACAGAUCAUCCAUGAAUACUUAUCCUAUAUACAAGUACCACAGCAAUAAAUCCCUUUAUAUUUACUUCAGUUAUAUGUAUUUACCUUGACAAAUUGAGUUUGGAUUAUAAAUGCACCUUCAGCUUAUCUCUUACUAAAUGCCUUGAAUUCAGUUAAACUACAGGAGGAACACAAAAUUCUUGCUUAAUUUAUAAAUCCACUUAAAGCCUACAUUUGUGAUACAUUGUAAUUUAUUGUCAUAGCAGAAAAAUAGAAACAUUUAUUUUCAGAAGAAAAUUUAAUAGAACUAAACUAUAUUUUUAUCGUGAAAUAAGUUAAUUCACUUAGUAUUCAAGUAAAGAAGCAUUUCUAUACCACUUUAAAAUACCAGCUUUAAAAAACCAGAAGUGAGUUUGUAAACCAGAAAUCCAGCUCGUGAGGUUACAGAGGUAUCAACUUUCCAACUGUUCUUCUUUUCUUCUGAAAGAUUUCUGAGAGACAUUUAUGUAUCUAUCUGUUGUGCAUGGAUUUAUACUGUGUCUGCUUGUCACUUCCUGCAGGUGUUACACAGGCAAUAAAGGUAACUCUGUGCUGCUGCUUUU